CCCCAGUAGUGUACACAGUGCAUGUGGUGUCAGCUACACAGCUCCCUAGCAGGCUCCACAAGUCUUCUAGGCUCCCUGUGACUUGUGGUAACUGGUGGAAUAAGGCAAACUGUAGGACACUCUGCCAUCCUGCACAUGGUAACAGGGGUAGAACACAGCAAUACAGUAUACCACAACUUUAAACGCCUCGGUCAGAGCCCAGUGGAAUACGAUUUAAUACAGCAUGGAUAUUGGAUACAGCUCCCUUAGGAGGAGUACAAUAUUUUCUACAUACUGUACUAGCUCCCUGUAAUCUACAGUGUGAGAGACUGAACUACACAUUGUGGUAGUUUGCUCACCAACUCUGUAUCACAAGUACAGAGACUCCCUGCUUAGAGGCUAGGCUCUGGGACACCACACUGUCGGAAUAACAUGCCAUGUGCUGUCAAGGACAGAAGGCCCACUGUGAAGGAAACAGGACACAGUGAGGUGAUAUACCUGCCAUAGUGUGUAACAUUAGUCAACAAGGGAGAUAAUACCUCACAGGAUAUAAGUGUUUUAUCCCACAGCUUUUGUCAGUCCUUGACGUGUAACUGUGGUGAAUAUCUGACAUGGAACAGAAAGUAGUACUAUUCACGUAGAGGAGCCAGGAUAGAAUCAAUCUGAACCCAAGGAAUGGGUGGCCAAGGCGAACCCUGUCCCUGCCAGUCGCUGCUGAAGACCUGCACACAUCCUUCUUCCUGACACAACAACUUCCUCAGCAUCUCUGCAACAUCAUCUACACUAAUUCACCAUGAUGUCUUUUGCUGCAGUGGUGGUGACAGUGUGUGUCAUCCUAACUGUCCCAACUGUCAUGAUGGUCCAGGCAAAAUGUGUAACCACCCACCUGGUAACUGGCUCCGAAGUCAACUGCAGUGGCAGCAACCUACAGUAUGUACCCUGGGGCCUCCACAGUAUGAUCAAAGUUCUUGAUCUCAGCAACAAUAACCUCACACGGCUCAGUGGUGGAAAUUUUCAGAAAUAUACAUCACUUGAAAAGUUAUACUUGAGGAACAAUCAAAUCAGUGAACUUGAAAAUGAGACCUUCUCCAUGUUAACCAAACUUAAGAAUCUGGAUCUGUCGAGCAAUCAGUUUACCAGAGUUCCAGUAGAAGCACUGCAGUUGUCUGAACUCUCCCUUCUUUCUCUGAAAGGGAAUAGACUAACUGUCAUUGAAAACAGAGACUUCAUUGGAUUAAAAUUCCUUAAGAUAUUGCAUCUGGAUGGAAAUCACAUUCGCACCAUCAAAAGAGAUGCUUUUGAGGGUCUGCAGUACCUCCAGAUUCUGGAGCUCCAGAACAAUGCCCUGCAGGACCUCCCUGAGGGAGUCCUGAGACACUGCUCCAGCAACCUGCUUACCCUCAGGCUCUACUACAACGCCUGGUUCUGUGACUGUAAACUACACUGGCUUAAGCUCUGGUUCCAGAACAACACUGGAGUCCGAUGGGAGUUCCCCCCAGCUCAAACCAGAGUGCGACGGACCAGCACCUUACCAAGGAAUGCCAUUUUCACAGGUUUCCAUAAACAACUUUGCUUGUCCGCCUGAGAUGUACUCAAGUUCCGACAGACUUGAGCUGCAGCCUGGCAGCUCCGCAGAACUCAUGUGCAAAUUCUUUUCCAUGCCAGAGAUAAAGCCCAGGUGGCUCAAGAACGAAGCAGUGAUCCGACAAGAAACG